AUGCCCAACAUUGGUGGAUCAGCUCAGUGGAAGAGGAGGCUGCUCUCAUCUGUCGUGGAGAGUCAGUUGCUGUACGCUGCUCCCGUCUGGAUCCCUGUUGUUGCAGAAGUCGCCAGAACUAGGGCGAUCUUGAUCCGUCCGCAGAGGACCGCCGCCUCAAGGGUAAUCAGAUCAUACCGUACCGUAUCGGACGAGGCCGCCCUGGUUUUGGCCUGCAUGCCGCCCGUUGACCUGCUUGGGCUGGAAAGGCAGAGCAUCGGAUCCCGUCUGCGUGCCGUGAUGGAACCCGGCGAACAACGGCCUCCCAAAGCAGUCGUGAAACACGAGGCAAGGAAAAAUACGAUCGUCGCUUGGAAGGCGAGAUGGCGUGCUACCCCAAAGGCGGCCUGGACGCGCCGCGUCAUCCCUGACUUACCAAGAUGGCUGGAAAGGACCGUCCCAUGGGUGUCUCUGACAUUUCAUAUGACACAGGCACUCACGGGCCACGGCUGCUUCGGAUGGUACCUCCAUCGCAUGAAUAGGGCCGCCAGCCCGCGCUGCUGGCAGUGCUCGGGUGAAUCAGACACCGCCGAACACACUUUGUUCGAUUGCCCCCACUGGGACGGCUUUCGCGAACCCUUGAGCGCCAGGAUUGGCCAUCGACCGAGCACCGACGACGUCCCGGACAUUAUCUGCGGACCGGCGUUCGAGCUUCUGCCGGUGGACGCUCACGGGAGGGACGCCAUCCUGAGUGAAGCCGAAGAACGAUUUAAGCUGUUUUACGGCAUGGUGGAGAAUAUCCUUUCAGCUAAGGAAGAAGAGGAAAGAGCGCGACAGGCUGUGAACGAACGGAAUCCACCAUAG